AUGGUUCAACCGAUUUUUCCACAGCCGGAGUCCUACUGGAAGCUACAGUACCCUACAGUACUCUGAAAAAAGCUUUUUUCUCCACUCGUUUUUCCAGCUUUCUAACUUGGUUUCGUCUCAUUAAAUUUUUAAAGACAAAAUACAGUAACCUACAGUACCCUGUCCCCUCACAGAAAACAACAAAAUCAAUUCACAACCGACUUUUCCACAGCCUGAGCUCUGUCACACCUUUUUUUAGCGUCAGAGCGUUUCCGUUAGAUCUCUACCCCCCCCGCCCCCCCCAUUUUGAAGUCAUAAGGUCCUUUUUCCAGGUCAGGUUUGCUCAUUGAUACUUUCGGCUCAAACUAACUGGUCUGAAGGGUUUUUUUAAGAAGUGAUUUGCUAACUUAGCUUCCAGUUGGUCUGAUCCUUAUUAGGUAUGAAAAAGAGUUUUUGAAAGCCGUUCCAAAAGUUCCUGUGAUUAUGUUCUUAGAUGUCCCAUGUCGAAUAUGUAUAAGUGAGGAAAAAAGCCAAGCUCCUAAUUGCCCCCUCGACCUGCACCUCAGGUCCAUUCCCAAGAACAAUACACUGCUGGACUAGGACUGUCGUAUCGGCGUGGCGUCGACGAAGAAGAGUUUGUUUUGCGGCGUGUCCUCUCUCCAGGGCUUGUCGUUUUUCGGCGGGUGCGGAGAGGAUCGCUACGUGUUCGCUUCGCCGCUCACAUCAUUCAUCACGCGUCCCGUUGCGCGUAUCUUCCAAGCGCCCCGUGUCUAAGCCUAAGCCGCCACCGCCGCCAUCCCGUUUCUCGCCUUAUCCGCGCUGCACCGCUUCUCAAUAUGGUCGCGUUGGAAUUGGUUUUUUGGAGGGGUUGGAUCGGAUUUGAUUGGAUGCUUUUGGUGUGGAUCAAGUUUGUUGGUCUGUUUGAAGAUUUUGAGUAAGUCUGACUUUAGAAGGCUAGUUCGAAGUAGAGGUUUUUGUUACUCUGGCCUGAUCUUCAGUUGAUAGCCACCUUCCAGUAAGUCUUUCUUAUCUGCACUCAAAAAACAGUCACCUCGUUUCCCGCCUCUUCCAAAGCAUUCUCAAUAUGGUCGUUGGUUUUUUGGAAGAGUUGGAUCGGAUUUGAUUAGAUUUUUUUGGUGUGGAACAAGCUUGCUCGUCUGUUUGAAGAUCUUCGAGUAAGUCUGUUCUGAAUUGGUCUGACUUUAGAAGGCUAGUUCGAAGAAGAAGCUUAUUUAGUUACCCUGGUCUGAUCUUCAGUCGAUUUGUCCUUAUUUAUUUUUAAUAUUUAUUACUAGGUCCACCUCCCAGUAAGUCUUUCUCAUCUAGGGACUCAAAAAACAGUCACUUCGUUUCCCGCCUCUUCCGAAGCACCGCUUCUCAAUAUGGUCGCGUCGAGUUGGUUCUGGAGGGGUUGGAUCGGAUUUGAUUGGAUGCUUUUGGUGUAG